UGGCAGAGGUGAGAGGUGUCUGGGGAAAGAUAUUCAGUUCCUCUGCCCCCUCCUAAGCUUCUUCAUCACAAUGAACCAUCGCUGGGGGUGGGGGGAGCAGUGCUCUGCCAUCUGGAGCCAGCAUGAGCACAGGGAGGGGGAAUGCAGAAAGGGGAGGUCAUCUCGUGCUGGGAACCUCCUACUUCCCUGCUGCUGCCCUCACCCAUCUUCCUCCCCUCCACCACAGACCCACUUCCCUGCUCCCACCCUCUUGCCCCUUGGGGAUGCUCUUUGGGGCUCAGGCCAAUUUGCAUACAUUUUAAUCUAUAAAAAAUUAAGUGCUCUGGCUGACUCAGAGCCGGGGCUGCAUGCUAAGGAGCUGAAUAAUCCGGUCCGUGCACAGGCUGAUUUGGGGAAGGGGGUGGAGGAGGGUGCAGAGCGGCAGCACUUCAGCUUCCCCCACUGCACCCCAGAGGAAGAAUGGGGGAGCCCUGUCACAGAGCCGGCAUCUAUGUCCAGGUUCACAAAGGCUGAGGUGAUGGUGAUGGGUGAUGUCACCUAUGGGGCUUGCUGUGUGGAUGACUUCACUGCAAGGGCCUUGGGAGUUGACUUCUUGGUGCACUAUGGUCACAGCUGUCUAGGCUGAAGCCAAUGCCCUGGCUGCUCUUAAGAUGGGGACCGGGCCAGGAUCCUCGCCCCUCCUGCCUUUCAGACCACUUGUUUUGAACUCUCUGUAGUCCCCAUGGACACCUCGAUUCAGGACUUCCGAGUGUUGUAUGUCUUUGUGGAUAUCCGGAUAGACACUGCCCACCUCCUGGACUCGGUCCGCCUUACCUUUGCACCAGGCAGCUCACUCGCUCUGGUCAGCACCAUUCAGUUUGUGUCAACGUUACAGGCAGCUGCACAGGAGCUGAAAGCUGAUUACCACAUCAGUGUCCCACAGUGCAAGCCCCUGUCCCCUGGGGAGAUCCUAGGCUGUACAUCCCCUCGACUUCCCAAGGAAGUGGAAGCUGUUGUGUACCUUGGAGAUGGCCGCUUCCACCUGGAGUCUGUCAUGAUUGCCAACCCUAAUGUAUCUGCUUACCGGUAUGACCCAUACAGCAAAGUCCUCUCCAGAGAAUACUAUGACCAUCAGCGCAUGCAGGCCACUCGCCAGGAAGCCAUUGCUGCUGCGCGCUCAGCCAAGUCCUGGGGCCUCAUUCUGGGAACUCUGGGCCGCCAGGGCAGUCCCAAGAUCCUGGAGCACUUGGAAUCGCAGCUCAGAGACUUGGGACUUCCUUUCGUGAGGCUGCUGCUCUCUGAGAUCUUCCCCAGCAAACUCAGUCUACUUCCUGGGAUAGAUGUGUGGGUGCAGGUGGCAUGUCCACGCCUCUCCAUUGACUGGGGUUCAGCCUUUCCCAAGCCAUUGCUGACACCCUACGAGGCAGCCGUGGCCCUGAAGGACGUUUCUUGGCAGCAGCCCUACCCCAUGGACUUCUACGCUGGCAGUUCCUUAGGGCCAUGGACAGUGAACCACGGUCGGGACCAGAAACCCCGGGGUCACUGCCAGCCUGCAUCCGGCAAGCAGGGGUCCAGAGGCGGCUCACCAGCCCCAGCCUGUGACGGUUGCAGCUGCGCAGACCAGAAGGCCACAUCGCCAGCUCCCUGAGAGGUCUGGAGCAGCAGGGCCCUGUUCUCCGGAGGAGCAACCUCGAGGCUGGUGGUUUUCCGAGGAGGAAGCAGAUGUUUUCUCAGCUCUGGAAGAGCCCACCGUGUGCAGGGG